AACUGUAUCAACCUAAAGUCAAUAUACAAAAACAACUAUGAACUUAAGCAAAUAUAAACUUUAUGUGAAUUGUAUUAGUAGCGAUACGAAUUUCACUCCCCGCUUUUAUCAGCUGAAAGUUAAGAUUAGAAAGAUUAAAAAUUGAGACAAAAAUCUAAAAAUCGCAAUAAAACUAAAGUAAUUUCAAUAACUUAUAAAUUUUGAUAACAUAGCAUUGAAGGCGCGAAAGAGCAACCACAUUGCCACAUUAAACGAGUACGAGUGCAAAUGUAUGUGCACACAUGCAAGAAACGGCGAAAGAGCAACUGACGCAGGGGAACAGAGAGCCAACAGAACAUUUUGUGUUUUCGCAUUUACGCUCUCGUUGAUAAGAAACCAACAACAACUGUGCGCGAGCAGCAUUCGAGUCCAGUCAGCGGCAGCGCAGUAUUCCACAGCAGACACCAAGUGGCAGUCAUACUUAAGCGCAGCUGAUCAGUCUUAAGUGGCGGGAUAGAUAUUUAUAUUUAGUUGAGGCAGCGCAGACGCUGUCGGUUCUCCAAAGUUGAUUCAAGUAUUUGAUAAAUGGGCGUGUGGAAAAAUUUGAGCCACCGAUAACUAUUGAGCGAAUUAACUGUUGUUACAAUUGGAUGUGAAAGCAAGUGUUUUUUUUAUGAUACUCAUCAUCUAAUUAUAAGCGAAGGAAUAUCGAGCAGCAAUGUUUUGGGAGAAUAACGAAUCAGGACCGCCAACGCCACCAAGUGUUGUACGGAGUCGAAUUGUUGAAUUUGUGGCGGGAUCACUGGGUGGUGCGGCGCAAGUAUAUGUCUCCCAGCCACUGGACACUGUCAAGGUGAAGCAACAAACUUUUCCAUUUCUCUACAAAAAUAUGUUCGAUUGCUUUGUGAAUACCUACAAAAAGGACGGCAUCGUUCAUGGUCUGUAUGCGGGCAGCGUGCCCGCUGUAGUAGCCAAUGUUGCUGAGAAUUCAGUGCUAUUUGCGGCGUAUGGUGGUUGUCAGUCGUUUGUCGCAUGUCUUGUGGGAAAACAACACACCAACCAAUUGAAUACAACAGAAAAUGCGUUCGCCGGUUUCUUUGCGGCAUUCUUCUCCACAUUCGCGCUGUGUCCGACGGAGUUGGUGAAGUGUAAAUUACAGGCGUUACGGGAGUCAGCCGAGUGUUGUCCUGGAGUACCAGCAAAUGAACACAUGACGCCAUGGAAAUUAACUAGAAUGAUCUACAAAGCAGAGGGUAUUCCCGGCUUCUUUCGCGGUCUCACGCCGACUUUUAUGCGCGAAAUGCCCGGCUACUUUUUCUUCUUUGGCAGCUAUGAGGCAACGCGUGAAUUGCUGGCGAAACCCGGUCAAUCAAAGGACGAUAUUGGUCCACUUAAUACAAUGAUUGCCGGCGCUGUAGGUGGCGUCAUGCUAUGGACAAUGAUCUUCCCCGCCGAUGUAAUUAAGAGUCGUAUACAGGUGCGAAAUUUGAAUCGCGGCAUGAUGUCAGUGGGACUUGAUAUUUUACGCAAAGAAGGCAUAAUGGCGCUCUAUAAUGGGCUGCUACCCUCAGUGCUGCGCACCAUUCCAGCAACUGCAACACUCUUUGUAGUGUAUGAAUAUACGAAAAAGAUGCUGCACAAAAAAUUCGAUGCAUUAAAUGUAUAG